GUGAUUGACAAGCUCGUGAAAAAUUCGCAUGGCCAUAGGAGGGCUUUUUGACAAGUGCUUUGCAUGUUGACAUGAGCAUCCAUAUCUUUUCCGUCUAGGGAAGGAGAUCAUGCCAACUGUUCCUUCCCCGGCUAUUACUUAUUACUCUUUAGCGUAUUUCUUUCCUCUCACGCUAGCUUUCUCAGCUGUGCAUAUGACGUAAAAUGAAGCCUACCACAAAGCCAUAUUAAGACGCUAACAGAUAGACAUCAUGGACAGGCUAAAUUCUCCCUAUUUCGUUUCCUCCUCCUCCUCUCCCCUUAGAAGGCUCCAAUUAUCUAGGCUUUCUUAUCCAGCAAGGAACGUUCCUGUUAAUUUCUCCUUCUAUCGUGCCUAUUCCAUAUUGGACAUCUAUUUGUGCCAGGCGUUUACUACUUUCGCUGUUGCUUCAUUCCUAUAUAAUUUGCUGAUAUUUUUCCUGGCACACACCAAUGUCGUCUGCUUCUGUCAACAAGCUGUCGUCGGAGCACGACUCUAUCCACAAGGAGGACCUGCACCCAGACCAUCCCGAGGACUACCUGAGGGAGGGUGAGCGCUGGGCCACCGAGGAGGACAUGAGCACGCUUCGGCGCGUCAGUGACCGUCUGCCAAUUGCUGCAAUAUUUGUAGUGCUGACCGAGUUCUGCGAGCGCUUCACAUACUUUGGCAUCACUGGUCCGUUCCAGAACUACAUCCAGAACGGCUACAAGGUCCCUGAUUCCGACCCAGGAGCCAUCAACGGCGGCCAGUCGAUGGCGACUGGACUGGGCAACUUCUUCCAGUUCUGGUGCUACCUGACCCCGAUUCUUGGUGCGGUUAUUGCCGACCAGUGGCUGGGCAAGUACAAGACCAUUCUGCUGUUCGGAUGCAUCUACACGCUGGGCGACCUGAUUCUGACCCUGACGUCAAUUCCCGCAUCGAUUCGGCAUGGCGGUGCACUGCCUGGCCUCAUUAUCGCCAUGAUUACGAUUGGUCUAGGCACUGGUGGUAUCAAGGCAAACGUGUCGCCAAUGGUUGCUGAGCAGUACGGACGGUAUCGUCCGUUUGUGCGCAAGAGGAAGGACGGCACUGAGGUGGUGGUUGAUCGGGAGGUCACGGUGCAGUCGAUCUUCAACUGGUUCUACUGGUCCAUCAACGUGGGUGGAUUGUCGGCGAUUGCAACAACGGAGAUAGAGUCAAACAUUGACUUCUGGCCGGCGUAUUUGCUACCUACGUGCAUGUUCGUUGUGUGCGUGACAGUGUUUUACUUAGGUCGCAACCAGUAUGUGGUCACCAAACCCACCGGGUCAAUCAUCUUGAAAGCAUACCGUGUGAUCCGCGCCGGUAUCAAGAACCACAAGGCGGCGAAGGUUGAGAACCGGUUGAUCGUGAACGAGACGACCAACAAGCCGAUCAACUGGCUGCACUACGCCAAGCCGUCGUACAAUGUGGCGGGCCUGAACAUGGACUGGGACGACAAGUUCGUCGAGGAGCUGAGCGUGGCGGUGCGCGCGUCCAAGAUCUUCCUGUGCUACCCAGUGUUCUGGCUCUGCUACGGGCAAAUGUCGAACAACCUGGUGUCGCAGUCCGGCCAGAUGAUCACUGGCAAGGUACCGAAUGACAUUAUGCAAAAUAUCGACCCGCUGGUCAUCAUCAUCCUGAUCCCCUUUUUUGACCGCCUCAUCUACCCUGGCUUCCGUCGCUGCGGCCUCGAACUUCGCCCUGUCACCCGUAUCACCCUGGGCUUCACGUUUGCUGCUGUCGCAAUGGCAUAUGCCGCCGUGGUGCAGCACUUCAUCUACAAGACUGGCCCAUACUACGAGCACCCGUCGGAAAAAGUCAGCGGUGUGCACCAUGGCAACAACGACAUCUCUGCUGCUAUUCAGGUGCCAUGCUACAUUCUUGUGGCAAUAGCUGAAAUCUUUGCUUCAGUCACUGGUCUCGAGUACGCAUACAAGAAGGCGCCUGAGAGCAUGAAGUCGAUUAUCAUGUCGCUGUUCCUGCUGACCAAUGCCGGUGGUUCAAUCCUGGCGUUCUGCUUCAACUCGAUUUCCACCAACCCGCACCUUGUCAAGAACUUUGCCAUUGUCAGUGGCCUCAUGGCUGCAUUUACAGUCCUUUUCUAUAUUUGUUUCCGCGAGUAUGACCAGCAGGACCAGGAUGCAUACCUUAGCCAGCUCGAGUAUAAGAAGAAUUGAACAGAUUUUUGGUGGAAUCUAUUUAUCACUGUUGACAUUCGGGGUCUGGAGUUCCCCUGCGCCACCAUAGACAUGGCCGAAACGCAUACGUACAAAGGCCCAGACAGACGACCAGCCUCCCUUCUUC